CUGAACCUAAACGUGACGUCAUCAACCAGGGCGGAAGCCAGGUGAAAUCUGACGGUGACCCGAUACUGGGUCCCGACCCGGACCCUUAGUCAUGGUGUUCGAGUCGCUGGUCAGCGACCUGCUCAACAGGUUCAUUGGAGACUACGUGGAGAACCUCGACAAGUCUCAGCUGAAGAUCGGAAUCUGGGGAGGAAAUGUUGUCCUGGAGAAUCUGAAGGUGAAAGAAAACGCUCUGAGCGAGUUCGAUGUUCCUUUCAAAGUAAAGGCUGGACAGAUCGAGAAGCUGACGUUGAAGAUUCCCUGGAAGAACCUGUACAAUGAGGCGGUGGUGGCCACGUUGGAAGGUCUCUACCUGCUGGUUGUUCCUGGAGCCACGAUUAAAUAUGAUGCAGCCAAAGAGGAGCGUUACCAGCAGGAGGCCAAGGCCAGAGAGCUGCAGCGCAUCGACGACGCUCUGAUGAUGGCGGCACGGAGAGCGUCUCAGACAGGAGAUCUGCUGUUCAGCCUGGAGCAGGUUGUUUACAAGGAACCGCACAAUGUUGCAAAGGGAAGUAAAAAACAUAAAAAGACCAAAAAGGCCUUGAAGAAACUAAAACGACACGACAAGACAGAUAAACCUGCGGAGGAGAAGAAGGACACUUUUGUGGAGAAACUGGCGACUCAGGUGAUCAAGAACCUGCAGAUGAAGAUCAGCAACAUCCACCUGAGAUACGAGGACGAGGUGUCAGACCCACAGGGCCCCCUGUCUAUGGGAGUAACACUGUCAGAGCUCAGCCUCCAGACCACAGAUGAGAACUGGAAGUCAUGUAUCCUCAACGAAGCUGCAAAGAUCAUCUAUAAGCUCGGCCGCCUGGACUCUCUCUGCGUUUACUGCAACGUCAACAGUUCGAUCUUCUACAAAGAGUCAUGGGAGAACGUUGUUGACCAGUUGAGGCGUGGGAUCAGCAGUAAGGACCAGGAGCUUCCUCACUACCAGUACAUUUUCAAGCCAAUCUUUGCUUCUGCUAAAAUCUGCAUCAACCCAAAUGCUGAGGUGGAGUUGCAGACUCCGAAGAUGGACCUUCACCUGGAAGUUCAGAACAUUGCUAUUGAGAUGACCCGACCUCAGUACCUGACAAUGGUGGAGCUGUUGCAGGCCUUCGACUCUAUGGUAAAGAACGCCUGCUACAGGAAGUUCAGACCUGAUGUCCCCGUCCAUGGAAACGCCAAAGCCUGGUGGCGUUACGGCAUCAACAGCAUCCUGGUCGUCCACAUCCGUCGCCUCAGUCACAUGUGGUCCUGGUCCAGCAUCAGAAAGCAUCGGCAGAACCUGAGGGCCUACAAGACCGCUUACAAGACCAAACUGCUGAGCCAGAGCAAGCUGAGUCAGGACACCGAGCAACAAAUCCAGGAUCUGGAGAAGGUUCUGGAUGUGUUCAACAUCACUCUGGCCCGUCAGCAGGCCCAGGCCGAGGUGAUCAGAUCAGGACAGAAGGUGGUGGGGAAGAAGGCGUCGGGGGGGCAGAAGCAGGGAGGAGGCUUCUUUAGCGGCUGGUUUGGGAGGAAGUCCAAGAAGGAGGAGCAGGAGGAGAGCAAGGAACUGGAGAGUUCAGGGCUGGAUCAGCUCAUGACGGCUGAGGAGAAGGAGAAGCUCUACACGGCCAUCGGCUACAGCGGCAGCUCCCAUAACCUGGCUUUACCCAGACAGUAUGUAGCCAUGGUCGUCACCUUCCAGCUGUUGAAGACUUCAGUGAUGGUCAGAGAGCAGCCUGGAGUCCCAGAGAUCCUCAAGAUCCAGAUGAUCGACCUCAGCACCAAAAUAUCUCAGAGACCUGGAGCUCAGGCCGUGAGGGUGGAGGUGGCGCUGGAGCACUGGUACGUUACCGGUUUGCAGCAGCAGGGGGCGGUGCCUUCCCUUAUCGCCUCGCUGGGCGAUUCGUCCUCUUCUUUACUUAGUGUUGUGUUUGAGUUGAACCCAGAGGAGAACACCAGCGACCAGCUGCUCAGAGUCCACUCUCAGCCGGUGGAGAUCAUCUACGACGCGGUGACUGUUAACAGCGUGGUUGAGUUCUUUAAGACGGGAAAAGGGGUGGAUCUGGAGGUCCUGACCUCAGCCACGCUCUCCAAACUAGAAGAGAUCAAGGAGAAAACUGCUGCAGGUUUAUCUCACAUCAUCGAGACCAGGAAGGUUCUGGACCUGAGGAUCGACCUUAAGCCAUCCUACCUGCUACUACCGAAGUCCGGAUUCUACAGCAACACGUCGGACCUGAUUGUCAUCGACUUUGGAAGCUUCCAGUUGAACAGUGUGGAGCAGAGUGGUCUGGGUUCGUCUCCAGCGUCCUUCUCGUCUCUGGAGGAGAUCAUGGAUCGAGCCUAUGACAGAUACAGCAUGGAGCUCAGAAGAGUUCAGGUUCUCUACAGCAAGUCAGGUGAGGCUUGGAAGUCAGCUCGCCUACAGAGUUCGUCCGUCCAACACAUCCUGCAGCCGAUGGACUUCACUCUCCACCUGGCCAAGUGUAUGGUGGAGAAGGACAGUAGGAUGCCCAGGUUCAAGGUGUCAGGGGAGUUGCCUCUUCUUCACGUCAAGAUCUCGGACCAGAAAAUCCAGAACGUCCUGGAGCUGGUCAACAGUAUCCCACUGCCCAACAUGGACUCAUCCCCCUCCAGCCCCGCAGAGAAGGUGCUGUCGUUGGCAGAGUCCAGACCACGAGGACUUGGCCUUCCCCCCGUCCUCCUGGACGCCCUGGAAACAGAUUCGGACACCAGCGAGAAGUCGACAGAUGAAGACCUCCAACUCUCAUCUCUGGAUGAACUCACUGACGUCCACUUCAAGUUUGAAGUCAGAGAGGUGCUCCUGGAGCUGACCCAGCAGGCGGACCAGGAAAGGACUGUCCUGUCCUUCAGUGUGAAUCAGCUUGGAGCCGAAGGGAAGAAGAGGAGCUUUGACCUGAAUAUGACCUCAUAUCUGGGACGCGUGGGGCUGGACUACUACGAUGCUCCAGGGAAUCGUUGUCUUCACCUCAUCAGCUCCUCAGAGCAGCAGAGCUCCGACCUUCUGAAGGUGGAAUACAUCAAGGCUGACUCUAGAGGUCCCAGUUUCCAGACUCUGUUCAACAACACAGAGCAGACCCUGAAGGUGGAGUUUUCCUCUCUGGAUUUCCUCCUCCACACCAGAGCUCUACUGUCCACCAUUAGCUACCUGAGCAACAUCCUGCCUCCACAGCCCGCCUCCCGAGACAGUGACUCCAGAAUCCAGGCUGAGAAGGUUAGCCGGGGUCAGACAGCUUCUAAAGGACAUAAAGAUGGGACCAUCUUCAGCUUCAAGCUCUUCGCCAUGUUGGGUUGUUUCCACGUGGAAGUUUGUGACGACCGCCGCAGCAUUGCCGACAUACGAGUCCAAGGAAUCGAUGCCUCAGUGUUGGUGCAGGACAGAGGGACGGACGUGUCUGCUCGUCUCCGAGACAUUGUGGUCACAGAUGUCAACCCCACAACUGUCCACAGAAAGGCUGUGUCCAUCAUGGGUGAGGAGGUGUUCAGCUUUAAUCUGUCCUUGUUUCCGGGGGCGACGGAGGGGGAGGGAUACGGCGACAUGUCGAAGGUGGACGGGAAAGUUACGAUGCGUCUGGGCUGCAUCCAGAUCAUCUACCUGCACAAGUUCCUCAUGUCUCUGCUGGCUUCUUUUAGCUUUCAGUAUUCGUCUGCUGAUGAGAUGUUCAUCGAUAACUUCCAGACAGCUAAAGAAGCUCUGAGCUCCGCCACGGCUCAGGCGGCUGAGAAGGCGGCGUCCAGUGUUCGAGACUUUGCUCAGAAGAGUUUCCGUCUGUCAAUGGACGUCAGGCUGAAGGCUCCGCUCAUCAUCAUCCCCCAGUCCUCCACCUCCCAGAAUGCUGUUGUGGUGGAUCUGGGUCUGAUCACGGUGGGAAACAGCUUCUCUCUACAGCCAGCUGAAGGUUUCCCUCUGCCAGCUGUGGUGGAGAAGAUGGACGUCCGUCUGACGCAGCUGAAACUUUCCAGGACCACACUGAAGACAGACUCCCCUCAGUCAGACAUUGAGAUCCUUCACCCAAUCAACUUAGAGCUGCUCGUUACACGAAGCCUGGCAGCGUCUUGGUUCUCAAAGAUCCCUGGAGUGCAGGUCCAGGGAGUCCUCCGGUCCCUCAAUAUGUGUCUGGGUGAGGGAGACCUCGGCGUACUGAUGAAGAUUCUGGUGGAGAACAUUGGGGAGGGAAGUAAAGAGCAUAGCACUGACGUCAAAAGACAGUUGGCUAAAGAGAAGGUGGAGCUUCCAGAGCAGCAGGUGUUAAUGUCGGGACCCGACACUGUGACCCCCAUCACCACCCAAGGUGAAAACAUCGUCACUGUUGCCCUGGACUUUGAAGUCAAAGAGGUUCUUCUGACCCUCAAGAAACCCAGGGACCAGAGCGAGGUCCCGUUUCUGGUCUUUCAAGUGGCUCAGCUGGGCUUCAAGACUAAAGUCAGGAAGUACGACAUGUGUGCCACAACAUACAUCAACAAGAUUAGCAUGAAGUGCCUGGAGUUCAAAGACUCCAGUGGCAAGCCACUGUGUCUCAUCAGCUCUUCGGUGGAAUCUGGAUCUGAGCUGCUCAAAGUUCAAUAUUUCAAGGCUGACCGGUCCGGACCGAACUUCACCUCCGUCUACAAGAACACAGAGCAGAUGGUCAACGUAACCUUCACCUCUCUUGACCUCAUGCUCCACACUGAGGCUCUGUUGUCAGCCAUCAACUUCCUGUCCACAGCGCUGUCCUCUGGCAUGGUGCCGUCCUCUGGUAGAGAUGCCAGACUGCAGAUGGAGGGCAAGACGACAUCCGCCAAGUCCACCACCCUGGUGUCACCUGCAGACUCUGAUGUCAUUGAGCUGAAGGUGAAGGUAGUGCUGGGAGCCUUCAACAUCCUGGUGUGUGAUCAGGCCUGCAACAUGGCUGACAUCAAGAUCCAAGGUGUGGACGGCUCUUUGCUGAUGCAGGGAUCACAGACUCAUAUAUCAGCCCGUCUACGAGACUUCCUAGUUCUAAAUGUUGAUGGAAAUAGUGUCCACAAGAAGGCCAUCUCCAUCGUAGGAGACGAGGUGUUCAGUUUCAACAUUAGUCUGACUCCCAAUGCCACAGAGGGCGCCUCCUAUGCUGACACCUCCAAAAGCGACGGCACGGUGAAGCUGAACGUGGGCUGCAUCCAGGUGGUGUACCUGCACAAGUUCUUCAUGUCUCUGCUGAACUUUGCCAACAACUUCCAGACAGCUAAAGAAGCUCUGAGCGCUGCCACGUCUCAAGCGGCCGAGAAAGCGGCAUCUGGCGUUCGAGACUUUGCCCAGAAGAGUUUCCGUUUGUCCAUGGACAUCAGACUGAAGGCUCCACUCAUCAUCAUCCCACAGUCCUCUACCUCUUUUGAUGCUCUGGUGAUGGACCUGGGUCUGAUCACAGCUGGAAACAACUUCUCUCUGCAGCCUGUUGACAGAUGUCCACUCCCGGCAGUCAUCGACAACAUGGACAUGCAGCUGACGCAGUUAAAACUCUCCAGAACCAGUUUGGACCCACUGUCAGACCGACUCAGCACUGAGCUACUGGAGCCAGUCAACCUGCAUUUGAAAAUCAGGAGGAACCUGGCGACUACGUGGUACAAGAAGAUGGCUGCUGUGGAGAUCGAUGGAGAUCUGAAGCCCAUGAAGCUGGAGCUCAGUCAGGACGACCUGAAGGUGCUGCUCAGGAUCCUGAUGGACAAUCUGGGAGAGGCUGAAGAAUCAGAAUCUGCUGGCCCCAGACAGGAGGCCAGUCUGCAGGUCCGACCGGCUGGAGACGCCCCGACAGGUGUUGCUGGGAAGCCAACCGUGAGCAGUGAUGAAGAUGAGGACGAAGCUCUGGUCACUGUAAAGUUUAACUUAAACAUUGAAUGUCUCGGUCUGGUUCUUUACCGCAACGAUCCAGAACAGCCGCCUGAGCUUCAGCACCAGCAGAACCUCAGACUCGGAGAGUUUGUCCUUCACCUUCUGAAAUCCUCUGGGACGAUCAUGGCCAGCGGCAGCAUGGAGGUGAACACAGUCCUAAGCAACUGCAGGCUGGACGACCUGAGGGCCGGCAUGGAGAGGGUGACCUCACGGAUGGUGGGACGGAGGGACGAGGACAGCUCAGAAGCCAUGAUUGAUGUGACGUAUCGGCGCAGCGCUGCAGAGCAGGAGGUGGUGGCGGUUCUGCAGAAACUCUACUUGUGUGCGAGUGUGGAGUUUCUCAUGGCCGUUGCAGAUUUCUUCCUGCAGGCUUUUCCCCAGAGUUCAACUCCAUCCACCUACUCAGCCCCAAGCAGCAGACUCCCACUGAGACAGACCACCGAACCACGAGCCAACACCAAGAAAGGCUCCAAAGGGAGGACUCGUCUUCGGGCGGUGGUAGUGGACCCGGAGGUGGUGUUUGUGGCCAGUCUGAUGAAAGCUGACGCUCCGGCACUCGUGGCCUCGUUCCAGUGUGACUUUGCCCUUCAGGUGGAGGAGGACGGAGCCCAGGACAUGAGAGCAAACCUGAGGGAACUGAAAGUCACUGCUAGCCCCUUCAUCCAGGACAAGGAGGUCAAGGCGGUCACCACUGUGCUGAGACCCUGCUCGGUCGCUUUAGAAACCAGACGCCAACCCACCCAACCACUGAGUGGCUCAGUGAUGGUGGAGGAGAUCAUCGUAAAGAUCUCUCCGUUUAUCCUCAACACCGUGAUGACCAUAAUGGCUGCGAUGGCAGCGAAGCAGCAUGAUGAGCAGAGUCAGGAGUCGAAGCCAGACGUUGGAGACCUGUGGUCAGUCAUGAAUGUCUACCACUGCAACUACUGGUUCCUUGGAGUGGACCAGGCCACCGAGGCCACUGAGAGUUUUAGAGAACCUGAUGGAAGCAACGAGGGCGAGAGCUUUGCCGCUAAAGUCAAGGUCGUCCAAGUGACUCUGGAGUCUGGUCUGGGCCAUCGAACGGUCCCCCUGCUGCUUGCCGAGUCCUCCUUCAACGGGUCGGCCAAAAACUGGUCGUCUCUACUGCAGCUGAAGGCCGACAUGACGCUGGAGGUGAAUUACUUUAACGAGGUCCAUGCUGUGUGGGAGCCUCUGAUUGAACGAGUGGACAGCGGCAGCCGGAGGUGGAACCUGGAGCUGGAGGUGAAGAACAACCCGGUCCAGGACAGGAGUCCUGUUCAUGGAGACGACUUCAUUUUUCUCCCUGAGCCUCGCACCCUCAUCAACAUCUGCUCCAAAGACACCAUGAACAUCACCGUCUCCCAGUCCACCCUCAACGUCCUCCACAACCUGGCCAAGGCGUUCUCUGAGGGCACCGCCUCCACCUUUGACUACUCCAUGAAGGAGAAGGCCCCCUUCACCAUCAGGAACUCUCUGGGGAUUCCUCUCAUUGUGCAGCACAGCGCCAACUUGAGGCCGGUGGGGUCUGUGACGCAGGGAAAGUUACACGAGUUGGUGGUGGACCAGAGUAUGGACUUGGACCACUCCAUGUUCGAGCCGUCGUCCAGAGGAAAGCUGUCGGCUUUGCAGCGCCAGGAGAGCUGCCUGUUCAACCUCAGCCUCGUCCCGUCCGGAUACAGCGAGAUCUCCAACAUCUCCGUGGACAAACCGGGACGUCUCCUCUACAAUGUUCGCGGUCCGAAGCUCCAGGAGGUUGUUUCUGUUCUGCUGCAGAUCGACGCCUCUGAAGGAAACAAGGUCAUCACGGUCCGCUCCCCCCUCCAGAUUUUGAACCACUUCUCGGUGCCGUUCUCCAUCCUGAAAUACUGUCCCACAUCCAGGACUCUGCAGAGUGUUGGACAGGCCCAGCCUGAGACAGAGUUUCAUGUCACCUUGGAGACGUACAGGUCUCAGCUGUUUGUGUGUCCAGGGGGGACUCUGGAGGGACAUUAUGGGCCGUCGUCCUCCUGCGUGUCCUGGCAGGAGGAGGUCCAUCGCAGCCUGGAGGUGUCCUCGCUGCUGCAGUGUCCUGCUUCCAGUGGUGUAGGCAUGGACGGAGUCCUACCCCUGAUGGUGUCCACGCUGGCCGUCCCCGACAUCCUACGCCACAUUAGCAGCCACGGCGAGGAGGACUGGGACCCCGCCUACGUCCUCCAUCUGUAUCCCGUGGCAACGCUGCGUAACCUGCUGCCCUACAGCGUCCGCUACAUGAUGGAGAACUCGGCCGACUUCUACGAGCUGCAGGAAGGCUCCGCCUCCGACCUGGUCAACGCCCGUCUCUCAGGGGAGAUCCUGUCUCUGGCUCUGACCAGGUAUCAGGGACGGAACUGGCAUGGACACCUUCGUCUCGAGCGGGACAUGCCUGAGUUCCUGGCCGUGUGUCUCACCUGUGAGACGGACGUCCACAUGACGGUGGACGUGAGUGUCCACGUGACAAGGACGAGUGGCCGGCUGCUGCUGUCCCUCUUCAGCCCCUACUGGAUCAUCAACAAGACGUCCCGAGUCCUCCAGUACCGAGCCGAGGAUGUCAGCGUCAAACACCCGGCGGACUUCAGGGACAUUGUCCUCUUCUGCUUCAGGAAGAAAAACCUCUUCAGCAAAAGCAAGCUCCAGCUCAGUGUGUCCACCAGCUCGUGGUCGGACGGCUUCUCUCUGGACACCGUGGGGAGUUACGGCUGUGUUCGUUGUCCCUCCAACAACAUGGACUUCCUGGUGGGCGUUAGCAUCCAGAUUAGCAGCUUUAACCUGACCCGCAUUGUCACCAUGAGUCCUUUCUACACUCUGGUCAACAAAUCGUCGUAUGAGCUAGAGGUUGGAGAGGUCAUCAGCCACAGCGCCACCAAGUGGAACUACAUCUCCUCCUCUGAGUGCCUCCCUCUGUGGCCUGAGAGUAGUUCAGGGAAGUUGUGCGUCCGUGUGGUCGGCUCUGAAUCCAGCUCCAAGACCUUUUUCUUCAAUCAGCAGGACAACGGGACCCUGCUGAGCCUGGACAUGUGCGGAGGAAUCAUUGUGGACGUCAACAUCUCGGAUCACUCCACCUUCAUCAGCUUCAGUGAUUAUUAUGAAGGAGCAGCUCCCGGCCUUCUGCUCAACCACACCCCCUGGGUCACCAUCAGCUACCGACAGAGGGGUUCAGAUGUGGUUCACCAGCUGAAACCCAAUGAGGCUCGGCGGUUUGCGUGGGACGACCCAGCCGGCGUUCGAAUGCUCAACUGGAGCUACAAGGAGCAUUCAGGAGAACUGGACCUACUGAAGGAUGAGGUGGGUCAGUUUUCCUACGACAGUCAGUCUCAGGUCCACUGGGUUUCCUUCCUGGACGGACGUCAACGGGUACUUCUGUUCACCGAGGACGUCAGCGUGUUGACGAAGGCCCGACAGGCGGAGGAGCUCGAACAGUUUCAACAGGAAGUCAAGCUGUCGCUGCAAAACCUCGGCCUGUCACUGAUUAACAACAGCAGCCGGCAGGAGAUCGCCUACAUCGGGGUCACCAGCUCUGGUGUAGUCUGGGAAAUGAAGCCGAAGAAUCGCUGGAAGUCGUUUAGUCAGAAAAACAUCAACCUGCUGGAGAAAACCUACCAAAAUCAACUGAGUGGGAAAACAGAGGGGGGCUGGGUCAAAGUGGACACCAACCUGGAGGUGAACCUCAGUGGAGCCACCAUGAUGAUGCGGCAGCCAUUUUCUUGUCCAGUGAGGAGGAACUUCCUGUCAGGGAUCCAGGUGGAGUUCAAGCAGUCAUUGCACCAACGGAGCCUCCGAGCUCAGUUGCACUGGCUGCAGGUGGACAACCAGUUGCCAGGUGCCAUCUUCCCCAUCGUCUUCCAUCCGGUUCCUCCUCCAAAGUCCAUCGCUUUGGACUCAGAGCCAAAGCCCUUCAUCGAUGUGUCCGUCAUCACCAGGUUCAACCAGCACAGCAGCGUCAUGCAGUUCAAGUAUUUCAUGGCCCUGGUUCAGGAGAUGGCGGUGAAGAUUGAUCAGGGUUUUCUGGGAGCCAUCUUGGCUUUGUUCACACCUGCCACUCAACCCCAGGGCGACAAACAGAAGUCUGGGCUGAUUCAGGGAGAUCUGCAGCGGCUGCAGGCUGAGCUAACAGAGGCCGAACUGAGCGACACUUCAGGGCUCAGCUUCUUUGAACAUUUCCACAUCUCACCCAUCAAGCUCCACCUCAGUUUGUCUCUGGGCUCCAGCGGUGAUGACUCAGCUCAGGAAACUGCAGCUAUUCAGUCUCUGAACCUGCUCCUGAAAAGUAUCGGAGCGACUCUGGCGGACGUCGACGACCUGAUCUUCAAAUUGGCUUUUUUCGAGGUGAAGUACCAGUUUUACCGAAGAGAGACGCUGAUGUGGGAGGUGGCUCGACACUACAGUGAACAGUUCCUGAAGCAGAUGUAUGUUCUGGUUCUUGGUCUGGACGUUCUUGGAAACCCAUUUGGAUUGAUCCGAGGUCUGUCUGAAGGAGUGGAGGCCUUCUUCUACGAGCCAUUCCAGGGAGCUGUUCAAGGUCCGGAGGAGUUUGCUGAAGGUUUUGUGAUCGGAGUCCGCAGCCUGUUGGGUCACACAGUUGGUGGUGCUGCUGGCGUAGUUUCCAGGAUCACAGGUUCAGUGGGUAAAGGUCUGGCCGCCAUCACCAUGGACAAAGAGUACCAACAGAAACGACGAGAGGAAAUGAACCGACCACCCAAGGACUUUGGAGAGAGUCUAGCUAAAGGAGGAAAAGGACUGCUGAAGGGAGUCGUUGGGGGAGUUACAGGCAUCGUCACCAAACCAGUGGAGGGAGCUAAGAAGGAGGGGGCAGCAGGCUUCUUUAAGGGCAUCGGUAAAGGUCUGGUGGGGGUGGUGGCCCGGCCAACAGGGGGCAUCGUGGACAUGGCCAGUAGCACCUUCCAGGGUAUCCAGAGAGGUCACCAAAGAGCGGCCGAGUCCACGGAGGAAGUGACCAAACUUCGUCCAGUGCGUCUGAUCCGGGAGGACGGGAUCAUCCGACCAUAUGACCGGACCGAGUCACAGGGCUUCGACCUUUUCCAGCGUUCCCAGGUGAACCAGCUCCCAGGUGAAGCGUUCAGAGACCACUGUCAGUUUCCAGGACACAGAAAGACCAACAUCAUCGUUACCAACAGGAGGGUUCUGUGUGUGAAGGAGAUUGAUUUCAUGGGUCAUUUCCACAAAGAGUGGGAAUGUUUGUUUGAGAACUUCUAUCAUCCUCCAACGGUGACGGGAUCAGAGCUGAAGAUUUACUGCAAGGAGCAGAAGCUGAAGCUGAAGCGAGAUGUUCAGGAACCAGUGAGGAUCGUUCAGCUCAAAGACGCCAGCGUUGCUCAGAAGCUGCAGGCAGCCAUCAGCGACGCUCGUGUUUCACAGCAGCAGCUUCGUAUGAUGAGACAGAAGUCGCAGCGUUUCCUGAAAACCAGCCGAUGAUGUCACUUAAGAAUUAAAACAGGAAGUUGAUUCAUCUGAACAUAGAAUGUGAUCAAUAGCAAAUUAAAUGAAAAUGUAAUGUUUAAUUACAUGUCUUCAGAUGUAAUUGAUUUGUUCAGAGUUCUUUUAUUUUAUUUUAUUUUUAUUUUAUUUUGUUGUGGGUAUUUUGUCCUGCUGAAUGUCUGAAGAUGAAGCCAUAAAAACAACAUGUUGCACUAAAGGAUGUUUAUGUUCAGUUUUAAACACAGAAAGAUGUGAUGUCAACAAAUCAGUCAGCUGAUUCUACAUCUACAUAUUAGAAUCUAUUUGAGUGAAAACAUUAAAUGCUCACUUACUGAUUCAGUUUAACUGUUUUAGUUGUUGGAGAUGUUUGUCUGUUUAAAACUGACCCUGAAGAACAAAUGUGUUUACGUGAUUAUAUUAGACUGAGACCUGCUGACUUUUGUAACCAAAACUUCAAUAAAAAGAUGGGUUUCCUA